AUGAGUUCGAGAGCAUUGCGGAGGUUGGAAAGACAGAAAUUGGAAAAUGAGUUGUCUAUAUCCCCAGAACCUGAAAGAAAUGGUAAUGACGAAUCUGAUUUUGAUGAUAGUCCAAUUUCUAAGCCAAAAGCAAACGCAUUUGCAUUAUUAAAUGACGGCGACAAUGAAACAGAUGACGAGGAAAACUCUGAUAAUGACAAUGAAGAGGAUGAGUCAACAGAGCAAACUCGAUCAACACCCAAGCAGCCUAAUGAACCACCGAAGAAUAAGAACAAUAAAAAGAAGCAACAACAGAAGAAGGCAACAACUAAUAAGAAGAAACAACAAAACAAAAUAGUGGAUGAAUAUGGUGAUGACGAAUUUGAUAAGAUAUUAGAACAAAUGAGAAUAAAAGAUGAUCAAACAACAACCGUGUCAGUAACGAACCAAAAAACUUUAAUUAACGUGUACGAUUUUGAGGAAGAAUUAGAUGAAAUAACUACCCCUACUCCUGACUUCGACUCCAAUUUUAAGGCAUUUACUACAAAUCGUUUGAAAAAAUCUUUGUCUUUAUUGUCAAUUAAGUCUGUAGGUAGUUUGGACCAAGAUAAUGAGUAUAAGAAUUUGUUCGGAAAUUUAUCGAUGAAUACCAUCGAAGAUGCCAACUCAACAACAUCAAUGGGUAUGUCUCCAGAAAUGUUACAACAAUUCAAGAGAUUGGCUAAACUAACUCGUGGGUGGGGUGGAAAGGACCGUCGAGGUAUUCCCGGCACAACAAGAAAAUUGAUCUUCUCCAAAAUUAAAGAUGAUUGGCUACCAACAACCUUGAAGCCCUUAAAUAUGGAGGAGAUUAAACCAGAUGAUUAUGUUAAUUUUUUAGAUUAUAAAGAGGACACGGCAGAUUUAGAAGAGCUCCAAUUAAAAAUAAACAAAGAAGUAAAUUUGGGCGUGAAGUAUUUCCAAUUCUCGAAAAUUAACAAUAUCAAAGAGCGUGUUGCAAAUACUAGAUUUUAUGCUAGUGUGGUAAUGUCUCCAGACCCAGAGUCAUUAAUGCAGCAAUUGCAACAAUACCCAUACCACGUGGAAACGUUAUUACAAGUUGCUAUGGUGUUGUUAAGACAAGGUGAUAACAAGUCAGCAAGUAAUGCAUUGGUCGAAAGAGCACUUUUUGCAUUUGACCGAUCACUCCAUAAGGGGUUCCACGAGUUGUUGUACCAAGCCUCAAAUGGAUUGGCAAGGUUACCGUAUGAGCGGUUUAUGAAUCGUCAAUUCUACUUGUGUUUGUUUAGGUACAUCACUGCACUAGGUGAAAGAUCAACAUUCUACACUGCAUUAGCAUACUGCAAACUUUUGCUAAGUUUAAGUCCCGCCGAAGAUCCGUUGGGUGUGAGAUAUUUUAUUGACUUUUAUGCAUUGAUGAGUGAAGAGUGGAAGUACAUGGUCCAAUUUGCAGAAUCGCCUUUGGUGACCACCUAUACAAGAUGGUAUACACCUGGUAUUGCCUUUUCUACUGUUUUAGCUCAUUUGAAACUAAAUCAAGAGGAAAAAGCUAGAGGGGCAUUGAAGAAGGCUUUUGAAGCGCAUCCAUACACGGCAUACAAACUCUAUAAGCAAAUAGGGUUAUCUAAUGAUCUAUCACUCAGUGAAGGUUCAUUUAAAAUAGAUACUGAGGUGGAAAUUGCUACUGAAACUUACUUGGUCAGAUGUACGAUUAUGUGGAAUGAUCAGUCCCAUAGACAAUUUUUGCAUGAUGAAUUAGAGAAAUUGUUUUCAGAUUGGAAAUUGCAGAACUCGAAUAAUGGUGUUUUUUCUUCAAUUUUGGGAUCUUUUGGUUUCAAAGAUAACAAAAAGGAAUCAAAUAAUGCACCAUUUAAUUUACUUAGAUUUGCUAUUUUGUCUGGUGAAAAUAAAAUUAUGGCAAAAUUGCCACAACAGCUUUGGUCCAGAAAUGAUAUAUUUGAGUAUGACAUAUUACCUCCAAAGCAAGACGAGGAGCAGACUGUUCUAAUGGGUUUACUGAAAAAAGAUGAGAGUAUUGUUGAUCAUCUAUUAGACUAUGUUGAUCAAAACUUGUUGGGAAGUAUUAUUCAGAGCAGAACAGCUGAUGAGGGCAAUUUUGAUGAAAUAAUUAGAGGACUUGAAUUACAGAAUGUAGAAGAGGCCGAAAACCAGCAAGAUUAG